AUGGCUGUCUCAGGCGGGCAGUUUGGCCGUUUCCAUUCGGCAUGCAGGACGGUUAAGAGAACUGGUCAUGAGAAGGGAUUCUGUGCCGGACUCCGAAGGCCUGCUCGAAGAUGGAACAGUUCACAGACUCCGCAAGCGCCUAGAGUCUUUUCUGGAAUUCAACCUACCGGUGUACCGCAUUUGGGUAAUUAUCUUGGUGCUAUUCGUGAAUGGGUCAAACUUCAGAAUGCCGCCACCAAGGAGACCAGACUGAUAUUUUCUAUCGUUGAUUUACAUGCAUUGACAGUGCCUCAGCAGAGCGACCAGCUGAGAAAAUGGAGGAAGGAGGCUCUCGCGACAUUGGUGGCAGUUGGCUUAGAUCCAACUCGAUCAACAAUAUUCUACCAGUCUGCUGUCCAUCAUCAUGCUGAGUUAUUUUGGAUCUUGAGUACCGUAGCUUCGACAGGUUAUCUAUCCCGCAUGACUCAAUGGAAGAGCAAACUUCAACUGCCGGAGGACGCAAGCUUGGAGAACUCGGAGGUUCGAAUGAACCUACGCCUCGGUCUCUUGUCGUACCCGGUGCUUCAAGCCGCAGACAUCCUGGUUCAUAGAGCCACCCAUGUUCCGGUCGGCGAAGACCAAAGGCAACACCUAGAAUUCGCCAGGUACACCGCGAACAGCUUUAAUUAUCUCUAUGGCCCAGUAUUUCCACCUCCAGAAGCACUGAUUUCACCCGCGAAGAGAAUAAUGUCAUUGAAAGAACCAACUCUCAAGAUGUCCAAAUCCCAUGCCGACGAACGUUCAAGGAUCAUUCUCACGGACUCCCCUGAGGAUAUUCGACGAAAGGUUAAGGUUGCGCUCACAGACUCCGAGCCCGGCAUAAAUUACGACCCGGCACGCCGACCAGGUAUAUCUAAUCUCAUAGAGAUUCUUAGCCAUCUCGAAGACAUGUCGUGCGACGAAAUCGCCUCGCGUUAUCUGGAUGCCAGUCCGCGGGCUCUCAAGGAGCAUCUUUCCGAUAAAUUGUGCGAGGUUUUAUCUCCAAUCAAAGAGAAGUACAAUGCAGUAAUAGCAGACGGUCAUAGCCUAAACGCCAUCGCAGAGCAGGGGGCCCGUGAAGCGCGUGCUAAUGCUGACAUUACUAUGGAAAUGGUUCGAAAAGCUAUGGGUCUCUGA